UGUCAGGCUCACCACGCAGCAAGUGAAACCGGUUUCUGUGGGGCUGAACCGCUUUCCCUGGGCCUGCGCGGGCAGCUGCCUCUGGAUCGUAUUAAGCUGCAUAAAUAACAAGGCUGUUGUCAGAUUCCCCCUGGUCGAGGCCUCUGUCCUUGGAGUCAUCGCCUCCACAGAGCCUGGGCCAGUGACCGCUUAGUAGGUGCUCAAUAAAAAUGGACUGGCUGGUGGAAGGAGACGGAGCAGGCAGCAGUGUGAAGUUCAAAGGCUCGGCUCACACCUGAUUCUCCCAGGAGGGCUGCCUGAGCCCCAGGACCAAACCCCCCUGAUUAUACUGGGGGGGGGGGGACCACCAUCCCCCGUGCUCUGAAGAACCGCAGCCUGGAUGGGGGGCUUCAAAGCAUGCCUGCCGAUAGAUCAAGCGUCCUCUCCACCAGGAUAGCCCCCCCCACCCCCCGCUCACCUCCCCAAAUAAACCUGCGUAAUGAAGACAGAUGGCCUUGCUCAGCGCCGCCGCGUGCAGGUGGGGCCGGGGCGGCCCGAGGCCACACACCCCACCCCGGAGCGGGGCCUGGGGUGUCACCAGGACGGAGACCAGCCUGCACCCCCUUCAUCACCACCCUUCGACCGGGGGCAGCAUCUCUAUGUGAUAAGCUGGGUGCUGCCUCCCCUUGUCCCUCGAAUGGUUCUGCUUGGAUGUCCUGCAGCCAGUCAACACAGAUGCAAUAUGGAGGGGACACCCACCCACCAAGCUGAAGUGGAUAUUCAUUCAUCCCUGACUUGGCUCACUCUGCUUCCAGAGCCCAGCGGCUGCCAGAGGAACAACCCAUCCUGCAGAGGGACUCACACAAGGUGGCUCUGCCCGCAGAGAGCCUGGAACCUGGACCCAAAGGGCUGCAACGCCGUCCUUGGAGGAGCGGAGGAGCACCACUGCCCCACACGGCCUGCUCCAGCUGCACCCAGGAGGACGGGAAAGGAGAGCCUUGCUGUAUUGCUGGCUAUAAUCAGCCUCCAUGAGACCCACCCCGAGCACCGAGGAGAACUGGAAAGGGAGGCCUGUCCACAGAGGUGUGACUACCCGGGGGGGCGAGCACAUGUGUCAGUGGCAGAGAAGGAGCUACAGGUGUCAGCAUCACCCACAGGCUGGCAGUAA